UAGAAGCUGUCCCGAUAAUUCUUGGUUGGUGGAUAAGCGAUUUUAGCUCCGUCCAUGGCGUCGCUUUGCUCAGCGAGGUUGCUUCCUUCUCCAUCGAUCGAUGUUUUAGGAAAGACGAGGAUUUCCUCCGACUCGCGCUCGCGUGUCUUUGGGUUCUCUUCCGUUCACCGCUCUUCGCGUCGCAAUCGGAAUCAGCUUCAAGUUGUGGCUAUGGCUCCUGAGGAAGAAAAGCUCACUCGUCGCAAUCCUCUCGAUUUCCCAAUUGAGUGGGAGAGACCUAAACCUGGGAGGAGACCUGACAUUUUCCCCAAGUUUAGCCCUAUGAAGACACCACUGCCACCACCGAUGCCUUAUGAUCCUCCGGAAGAAGAUGAAGAAGAGGAAGAGAAGAAAGAAGAGGAAGAAGAGAACCCAGACCAAGAAGAAGAGGAACAACCCGAGAAGCAGCAAUAGAUUUUUGGUUGGAGAAACGACAAAGAUGGAAACAUCGAGAGACACCGAUCGAAGAGAGCCUUUUUGUUCCAACUUUUGUAGUGUUUUGGAGGAGGAAAUAGAAUCAAUCUUUUCUCACAUUUAGUUGCUAGAUUUAAUCUCAUACUCCUGUUCGUGUAUUAUAUUUGUGUAAUGCCACAAGUUCAGAAGCUAUCCUUUUGAAAUUUCGAUCCUUCUUUGUAUGUUGAAAAAUA